GGAGCAAGUGAAAAGUAAAAGAAAAUCUAACAUUGGAUUUUCGACUCUCUGAUAGUCGAAGUUGGCCUCCUAGGAUCACCUUGUUGUCGUGCCAAUUAUGAUAAUCAUGUUCAAGAAGAUAAACAUUCAGCAGACUCACCCUUAAAAUCAGAGUAUUUCAAUUUCAUUCCCAAAAAGGAGAUGGAAAAGAUGGGUGCGACGUUGUCCUCUAGUGCUCGUCCUAGUUUGCUUGUCCUGGGAGACAAAUCACAAAACUCAGCGGAUUCUUGCCUUACGACGGGAAGUGGUAACUAUCAGGAUGCAGAAGUUGCAGAUGAAGAUGGCGCAUCAGAGACGAGAGCUUUUGCAGAUAAUCUUGAUACAAGGAUUUUGCUAGAAGUAGGUAGUUUGGGAGCUAAAGCUGAUAAUGACGGAACAACUACAGUAUUGGAGGAUGUUGAUGUACUACUUGCUAGAGGAGGGGGCAACAAGGAUGAUGAGAACUCCUCAACAUGUUCAUCUCCUCUUGUUGAUGGUGAUGUGAAGAAUCAUGAUGUUGAGGCGGAAGAAGGGAAAAAGAAAAGCAGGGCUAGAACAAAGAAGAGACAAAAGAGUAGAUCGUGUUGUGCUAUCACCACAGCAGUGAUCGUUUUGCUGCUUGCUGUUAUGUUGGUUUGUCAGUAUGGGGAAGCAAACAACUGGGGGUUUCCGUUUCCUACUGACAAUUAUUCCAAAGAACUGAAAACGAAAGAAGACUUUAAUCGGGUAGAAGAGUAUGAUGGACAAGAAGUAGGUGCUGUAGGUCAAGAUUCACUACUUGAGGGUCGCAGUCAACCUCAACACACGUUUACAACCUUCUCUUCGUCGGAUGAACAAGCAGGGACGCAUGGAUCUUCGAGUACUGCGAAUAUCAGUCGUAGUCGCACCCGUCAGAAGGGCAGCGAGCGACCUUAUGACAAAGCCAGACGGACUCAAUGGGCGAGUCAGCUGACGAAAAACCUGAAUUUCGAACAGAACAUACCCGAGAGCGUCUUGCCGGAGGCCGAUAGAGAACAAUUUGACUUCAUUAUUGGCAAUAUCGCCAAGAGCAGACUCGUCUGGCGUUCAGAAUCAGGAUGGGCGUUUGUGGCACAGAAAGAAGGGAUCAUAGUGGAGAAAAGAGAUGAAGAUGAAGGAGGGCAAGAAGCUGUUGCUGGUGCGCAGCAAGCGAGUUCAUCAUCUUCAGCCUAUGCUGCAGAUGUGCCAGUUAUACUCGAAGAAAAUGAGGCAGUACUGCAAGCACAAGAAGAAGAGCAGCAAGAACAACAAGGACUGCCUGAAGAUGCAUCAACGAAGACGAGAUCUGCCACUCGUUACCGACAUACCCUAUGGCUAGUUUUUCGUGGUACAACGACAGUGAAAGAUUGGUAUUACGAUAUCAUCAAUGCGGAUCCAGAUACGGCAAUUCCAGUCUUGAAUAUACACGACGACGCUGAGCAAGACGAUGCAAGUCCUGUCACCGAAGUGCUUGGCGUUGGCCAUGGCUUCGGACGAAAAUUGGGUACCUUGGUGGGUAACAUGGUCAAUGGAAAGGGCGUUGUUUUCGGGAAAUGGAAAGAGGGUUCUUCUGACGACGGGAGGGCUUUUUACAAUCGAGAAGCACGCACUGCAGCUGCAACAUUUCGUGACGCUUCUUCAUCAGAUCCACAUAGGGUUGAGUCGUCUGCCGAUGAUGAAAACGACGGUAGCCUCGACGUACUAACGGUUCUCCAACACUACAUGCAAGCCAAAGCAAUUGAGAAAUUCGAUAACAUCGCCAUUGUGGGACAUUCACUUGGCGGUGCGUGCGCAAUGUUAGUUCAUAGUUUCGCAUGGCCAUCCCAAGACUUGCCAGGGCAUGGUAAUGUUUGCAACGGACGCCCUCAUCGGACGAGGGAUCCUUUUUCUACGGUGGAAUCCAGAAGACAAGACGAAUUUCUGGCAUUAAGAGGAACACCAGACGGAAGAGAACGAGAUGACCAUGAGAAUGCAAGCCUUGUUGGUGAGGAGAAUCAGGUAGUAGAUGCCGAUGGGGUAGAAGAUCAAGAUCCUCCUGCGCAAACAGAACAUCAGCAGCCACCUGUGCGUCCUACUGCAAUUACUAGCGCGUCGACAUCAGGAACAGGACUAGGAGGAGUGUAUCAACCUGCAGACGAGCUUUCCUUUUUUGAUGCCAUUUGCUACCUUGAGCGUCUCUGGGGAAGAGUUCUAAGGGUGGACGACAAUGAUGUAGUACUAGUAGAGCAGCAUAGGACUGCGCAUGAGUUGAAGACCAUGAAACGUAAACAUGUCGAGAAGUUUCAAACAUUUGCAUUCGAGCCUGCGCCACCGUUUCAGCUGAAGAACAAGGACCUCACUUCCUCAGAGGUAAAUCGAUGGAUUUCGCUAGUGGAGACCGAUCGUAGUAGCUUUUUGUGGCAGAAUUUGGCAUCGUGGUGGGACCGCGACCGCAGCAUCAGAAGUAGUUCUCAACAGCCUCCAUAUGGAUUGACCGUUUUCGUUUAUGGGAACGAUCCAGUACCCAGGCUAACCAAACAGCUGCCUUUCCUUUCGAAACUCGGGUCCUAUGUUCUACCACGUUCGUUCUUCGGCGGCUUAAGGUGCAAUCUUCUGCAUCCUCCAGUCCAUGAGGUGUACUUUUUGGCGAAGAACCGCUGGAACGCACUGAAUUGGGGAGUGCCAUCAUCGCUUGUGGACGAGAACGGUGAUAUGGUAAAGUCGUACAUUGAUGUUUUUUGUCACUGCUAGACUGGGUUGAUGACUUUCUUGAAACUGAAGUUGAACAACAUCGGAUGUUUUUAUUGCCGUAGGAGCACCCGGCGGGCGGCGUAGAAGCAGCGGAUGAUGAAUCUUGUGAAAAUUUUCGUCUCUCCAGGUCUAUCACAUUCAUUUACAACCACCACUUCCUCUUCAGACCGGCGGCCAUCUUUUCCGAUUACUCGGUGCAUCUCUGUCAUCCUCUGGAAGCACUGAGUCGGCGAACCCGAAUCCGUCUAGCUGGGCGCGGUUAUUUGAUCCAGUGCAGCUACUGUUCGGGCACCAUUUCUUCAACGUGCUGCAUCACGUCGAGGCCUUCCAUAUCACUGUCGCGAAAAUGAACAGCAUCAACCUGCUCUCAACGUAAGGCAGAUACCCCUUUUGUUACUGCUUGAUUUCCUUGUGCGGGAUAUUGUUGGAUGCGCGACGUGGUCGUCAGGAUGAUCAGGGUUUACUUAGAUUUUUUUACGACCAGACCGCAGCACCAUCGGCUAAGGAUGUUUACCAGAGUCGCAGUGGCGCUAACAGGAAAAUAUCAGCAGAUCUUCGUGAAACAAAUUUUAGGUUUGUACGUGGCUGGUCACAACGUGGCCUGUUCUCCCAAAGUAGUAGCCUAAGAACUGGACUUUUUCCUCUUCCCUCGUGCAUAACAAGCAAAAAAAUUGUGACGUACGGGGAUGCCGGUUUGAAGCUGACGGAAGAAAAAGAAUGUCAUGUCCUAGGAAAUUUUGGUUCGCCUUUUACACGUAUACAUUUACAUACUCUUGCCGACGCCGAGUCACUUGAAAAUCAAUCCGUUUUGAAGCUUCACCGGCACUACCUUUAUUUCCAAUGACAAUAAAUUUUUUGCAUAUCGGCGAAUAAUCAGACUUAUCCGGGCUCGCCUAGCCCAUCUACUUGGGAGACGACAUAGUACGAUCAAGCACAAAUGUAAAUGUGAAUAUUUUUUUUUGUGAAAUUCUAAGCAUCCACAUGAAAAAGCCAGAGAUACGAGGGUGGUCUAAUGAAGCGGUGAAGUAAUUAAAUUCCGAACAAAAUCCUAUGAUGUGGAAUCGAGAAAAGUGCCGACCUAUGGUGGAG